UUUUUCUUCGCCAUUAAGCCAAGAAUCCAGAACAUAAGCGAACCAAGAGAACCAGAUCAGGAAGAAAAGAAAACCCCCCCAAAACAACAAAGUAUUGGAGGACUGCCUCAGAAGAAGAAGAAGAAGAAGAAGAAGAAGAGACGAAGGCAAUGGCGUUGCAGUGGAUGAUACUGACGUACGUGGUGGCAGCAGAGGCUGCCGUAGCAAUCCUCUUGACGCUUCCAUACCCGAAGCUCCUCAAGAACCGCUUCGUUUCGUUGGUCUCUCUCAUCCUCCAACCUGCGCUUUUCAUCGUACCCUUUGCUGGGUUUCAGCUCCUAGAUAUCUAUUGGAAGAACGAACAUCGGUUGAUGUGCACGUCUGAGAUCUGUACUGCAGCUGAGAGAGAUCGCUAUGAGAAAUCUAUCUACAAAGCUCAAAGGAAUGUAAUUCUAUGUGCUACAGCAUGUCUACUUUAUUGGUGUAUUCACCGUGUUUGUAAAUAUCACAAGGAGAUUGAACGUUUGGAACAAGUGGAGAAGAGGUACAAGGAUCAGUAGCUUUCUCAUACGUAAAUGAAUUAGAUGGAGUGGACGAAUUUGAUGUCACUCAACUUUGUUUGAAGAAUUGAAGCUACUUGUAGAGAUAUUUGUCAUGUUAUGGAUUUUUGGUAUCCAAUCUGCUUUCGUGAUGUUUUCUUAGUAGCUUAAAGCUUCAGAUUUAUCUUAUUAUAUUUUUCAACUAUUGCAUGAUGUAUUAUGAGAUUCUGCAGAGUUCUCUUUGUUUAUUUAUUAGUUUCAUGCUUAUUUUAAA